GGUCCGAGCGCGCGGGGGCGGAAGCUGCGGCGGCAGCGGCGGCGGUGGCGGCGGCGGCUGUCAGAGCUGGAGAGCGGCCGGGGACGCAGUCAUGGAGGGUCAACGCUGGCUGCCGCUGGAGGCCAACCCUGAGGUCACCAACCAGUUUCUCAAGCAAUUAGGCCUGCAUCCUAACUGGCAGUUUGUUGAUGUGUACGGGAUGGAGCCUGAACUCCUUAGCAUGGUACCGAGACCAGUGUGCGCAGUGUUACUCCUCUUCCCUAUCACAGAAAAGUAUGAAGUCUUCAGAACAGAAGAGGAAGAAAAAAUAAAAUCUCAAGGACAAGAUGUUACAUCAUCAGUAUAUUUUAUGAAACAAACCAUCAGCAAUGCCUGUGGAACGAUUGGACUAAUCCAUGCCAUUGCGAACAAUAAAGACAAGAUGCACUUUGAAUCAGGGUCAACAUUGAAAAAGUUCCUGGAGGAGUCUGUAUCAAUGAGCCCUGAAGAAAGAGCCAAAUACCUGGAGAACUAUGACGCUAUUCGAGUUACUCAUGAAACCAGUGCACAUGAAGGUCAGACUGAGGCACCAAGUAUAGAUGAAAAAGUAGAUCUUCAUUUUAUUGCGUUAGUUCAUGUAGAUGGGCAUCUCUAUGAAUUAGAUGGACGGAAACCGUUUCCGAUUAACCAUGGGAAAACUAGUGAUGAGACGUUGUUAGAGGAUGCCAUAGAAGUUUGCAAGAAGUUCAUGGAGCGUGAUCCAGAUGAGUUAAGAUUUAAUGCAAUUGCUCUCUCAGCAGCAUAGCAUCUUGACAGAAACACCAAAUACUGUAUUAUUUGCAACGAAAGUUAAAUUUCUGAUGCCAUAACUAACUCAAAAUUUUUAAUAUUUUCAUUAACUUGACUAAUUAAACUUUAUGUGAAUAAACUUUGACUUGACCUGUA